AUGGCUGCAUCUCCUGUCAACCAAACCUCCCUUCAUCAUUUUCGCUCCAAAAGUUUUCCCACAAGGGCACACCCACUCAUUUCAGAAUUCAAUGAACAAUUGAGCAGAGUGAGAGGUUCUGAAACAACCUCUUCAUCAUCAACAUCAUUAAGCCAGAAACUCAUUGGCCUUCGAGGUUUGCAUGACUGUGUUGAAAACUUGCUGUUGUUGCCAUGCACUCAAGCCUUAGCUCAAGAGCAGCAUCAGAAAUGGUUUAAUGAGCUAUUGGAUGGAUCUCUCAGGCUCUUGGAUGUGUGUGGUAUUGCAAGGGAUGCAUUGUUGCAAACAAAGGAAUGCGCACGUGAACUUCAAUCAACCCUGCGCAGAAGAUAUGGCAAUAAAAUGGAGCUUGUGAGGGAGAUUGAAAAAUACUUGGCCUCAAGGAAGGUUGUGAAAAAGGCAAUGCAGAAGGCCUUAAAAGGCAUGCAAACUAAGUUGAACGGUAAGAAAAAUGAAGAUCUAGCCAUGGUGAGCUUGUUAAAAGAGCUAGAAGCUGUAACUUUCCUGGUCUUUGAAUCACUAUUGACCUUUAUAGCUGGACCAAAGUUGCAAUCCAAAUCAAAUGGUUGGUUUGUGGUUUCCAAGCUGGUGCACCAGAAAAAGGUAGUCUGUGAGGAUGAAGAAACAGAUGCAAAUGAAUUUGACAAGGCAGAUUCAGCAUUACAAUCUCUCAAUAGUCACAAGACAAGCAAAUCCGAUUACUCCAUUCUUGUUCAAAAUGUGCAGAACUGGAUGGGAAAGUUGGAGUCAAGCAUUGAAGAUGUUGAAGAGGUGCUUGAAUGUCUUUCUAGGCAUCUAGUCAAAACCCGAGUUUCCUUUCUCAACAUCCUCAACCACUAG